AAUGUGAAUUUAUAACCUUCAAAUAUUUACUGUAAAAGAAAAAAAAGAUCUGGUAUGUUGUUUCUCUUCCCACGUGAAGGGGGCUUUUAAACCCACCUGUGACAAAUUUAAAGCAAGACUUUAGUUUUAAUGAUUUUCAUGAGAGGUCCAUAGUUUCAACUGCUUUUAUGUAUUCCACCUAACUUGAUUUCAUAUCCUCCUAUUUUUUUCUUCCCCCAAAUAUCUUCUCCGUUGUUGCUGUUAUAGAAGCUUACCAAAAAUGGAAGAACAAGCAGAACAAAAUAUUAUGACCAUGGAUUUGGAAUGCCGCAGAAUGUUAAACUUCAAUGCACCCCUUCUAUCAACAAGGCGUCUUGCUAAUUCAGUUGUUGCAGGUACAUCACUUAGUAUGUUACAAAGCACAAGUAUUCCAUUUUCAUGGGAGCAAGCCCCAGGCAAGCCGAAAAACCAAGAGAGGAGCAAUAACAUCCACGACCGAGAUGUAGAAAUGCCUCGGCUCCAAUUACCACCUUGCCUUCAGCAUCUUCCAAGAGCAGCAGCUGAAGCUGACUUAGGUAAUGCUGUUCUUUCAUUUGAUCAAGAUGAUGGUUGUGAUGGUGAUGAUGACGACGAUGAUGACAAUGAGAACAAGAAGAAUAGUGAAGUUUAUUCAGAUGCUAUGGAACUUUUUUCUUUAUCAGAGGCAUUAGACAUUGUUGUCCAACAAUCAGAGACAAAUCACAGUAGCAGCAAUGAUGUGUUGAGAUUAAAGCUUUCAGAAUCUAAUGUUGAUCAAUGUUCAAGCUAUAUGAUUAAUCGCUUUCUCCCUGAUGCCACUGCAUUGGCAGCAUCAUCUUCUGCACAUUUUCCAAACAAUGGUUACAACAAGAAAGGUUGUGAUACUUGCAGUAAUUCAAGGCACUCAUAUGCUUCUUCUCUAAAGGGUUGUGGCCUUCAACUUCUGUUCCCUUGGCGUAUGAAGCACAAGCUUUGUGCUAUAAAGAGCCCUGUGAUGACAUGCUCCACAAAAGUGCAGAAGCAUCAGCAGAGUUUGAAAAACAAGAAGCAUUGUUCAUCAGUUCACAAGACCAGUAAAAGUAUCAAAGGAGAUACUUGAAAGUAAUUUUUUUUUCUUUUCAUCAAAGUCUAGGUUUGCACUAAUCAUUUUACUAAUGUUAGGUUAUAUUUCUCGGCGCACUGAAUGUUGAGGACUUGAGGUACAUAUAGAACACAAGAAAUGCUAUGUGCACAUAAAAAACCAACCAUUAAAUCAGUUACUAUGUAUUUGUGUAUAAAUACAUGUAUUGUUCAAUAUAUUUUUAAUGUGUAUUUUGUAUUUCAGCAUAUAUUUUAUACAGGUGACUAAUUUGGUGGCUGAUUUUUGUACACAUAGCAUGGUUGAUAAAGCAUACCGAAUUUCGCAUUGGUAGCGGAAAUUGAAUCUGUUUCCUUGUAACAUACAAGGCAUCAAGGAAUCUGCAAAAACUGGAAAAUACACAAAUUACGUACAAAAGCCGGGCAGAAGUUGUAUUAAAAUUAACUUCUAUGUUCUACAGUUGCCAAGGCCUG